CAACUUGUUGCUUGCUGCAAUUCAUUUCAUUGGUUCAUUGGGUUUCAUGCUACAUAUAGAUGUACCUAAAUAUCGACGUUUAGUAGUGCUCUUAGUUUUAUUAUAAAUCGUAGUUUUUUAAAUUCCGUAUAUUUAAUACUGAUAUUUAACUUCCCACUAUGUCCAGUUAUCAUAAAUUAGAAGCGAAAGUUGUUCAAGAACUCAAGGAUAUCGCUAAUAAAAUAAGAAUUAAUUCCAUCACGUCAACACAGGCUGCAAAAUCUGGACAUCCAACAUCAUGCUCUUCCAUUGCCGAAAUACUGUCUGUUUUAUUUUUCAACACAAUGCGAUACAAAGUAUCCACUCCAAGAGACCCAUCAAGCGACAGAUUUAUCCUGUCCAAGGGUCACGCUUGUCCUGCUUUAUAUGCGGCUUGGGCUGAAGCUGGACUUUUCCCAGUUUCGGAUUUACUGAAUCUCAGGAAAAUUGAUUCAGAUCUGGAAGGACAUCCCACACCGAGGUUAAAUUUUAUUGAUGUUGCUACUGGUUCAUUAGGACAGGGCUUGGCUAUUGCUGGAGGAAUGGCCUUUGUUGGAAAAAAUUAUGAUAAGGCCAACUACAGAGUUUACUGCCUUGUCGGGGAUGGAGAAAGUGCCGAAGGAUCUAUCUGGGAAUCAGUUCAUUUCGCCAGUUAUUACAAACUGGAUAAUUUGUGUGUUAUAUUUGAUGUUAACAGAUUGGGACAAAGUCAAGAAACAUCAUUAGGUCAUGAUGUAGAAAAUUAUCGUAAGCGUCUUGAGGCCUUUGGAAUGAAUGCCAUCGUUGUAGAUGGGCAUGACGUUGAAGAAUUAGUUAAGGCUUUUCAUAUAGCUUCUAAUACUAAAGAAAAGCCGACCGCUAUUGUAGCAAAAACUUUGAAGGGUAAAAACUUCCCUAUGAUUGAAAAUGUAGAUAAUUGGCAUGGAAAGCCUUUGGGAGAGCAUUGCGAAAAAAUUAUUGAACACUUAAAAAGCCUGAUUAAAAACUCUGGAUCAUUGCAAAUUCAUCCACAGAAACCAUUAAAAGAUGAUGCGCCUCCAGUAGAUAUAAGCAACAUCAAACUUUCUUCUCCUCCAACAUACAACAUUGGCGACUCUGUGGCUACUAGAGUAGCUUAUGGAAAUGCUCUAGUAAAAAUUGCUCAAAGUAAUUCUAGAGUUAUUGCCUUAGAUGGAGACAUGAAGAAUUCCACGUAUUCUGAAAAAAUGAAAAAAUUUGAUGCUUCAAGGUAUAUAGAAUGUUUCAUCGCCGAACAAAGCCUUGUGGGUACAGCUAUAGGAGCUGCUUGCAGAGAUCGUACUGUUCCUUUUGUUUCUACAUUCGCAACAUUCCUGACUAGAGCUUUUGACCAGAUUCGUAUGGGUGCUGUGUCACAGACAAACGUUAAUUUUGUUGGAUCCCACUGCGGAGUAAGCAUCGGGGAAGACGGUCCUAGCCAGAUGGGUCUUGAAGAUAUAGCACUAUUUCGAACUAUUCCUGGAAGUACAAUUUUCUACCCUGGGGACGCUGUGGCAACCGAACGUGCCAUAGAACUUGCUGCCAAUAUGAAAGGAAUUACCUUUACUAGAGUAAAUCGAAACCCAACACCUAUAAUCUAUUCUAAUGAUUAUGCCUUUGAGGUUGGUAAAGCAAUAGUUGUGAAGAAGUCUGAGAAAGAUAAAGUCGUCCUAAUAGGAGCUGGCGUUACUCUGCAUGAAGCUAUAUCUGCUGCAGAUGAACUGGCUAAGAUUGGAAUUAAUGCCAGAGUUAUCGAUCCGUUCACUGUUAAACCUCUUGACAAAGAGACGAUUAUUAAGAAUAUUACUGAAGUUGGUGGCAGGGCAGUUGUUAUAGAAGAUCAUUAUUAUGAAGGUGGUUUGGGCGAGGCUGUACUUUCGGCUGCAGCUAUGGAACGAAAUAUUAUUAUUAAACAUAUUGCAAUACCUAAAAUACCUCAUUCUGGGCCUGCGGCUAAGCUUAUGGAUUUAUAUGGAAUAUCGGCCAAACACAUUAUAGCCGAGGCCCAAGAAAUAUUAAAAUACUGAGAUGAAUGUUUUUUACAUAUAUUUUUGUCGGAUUUAUAAAUAAAUUGGAAAAUUA